AUGCAGUCAAUUCUGCACCCGAUCAUCGGUCCGAAGAAGACAAUCGAAGACCUCAGCGGCCGCGUUGCGAUAAUCACUGGAGGUGCAUUUGGUAUCGGCUAUGAGAUCUCCCGCGCCUUUGUGCUAAAUGGCGCGAGGGUUAUUAUGGUCAACCGCAAGGAAGACCAAGGCCAGGACGCCAUCGACAAAAUCAAGAAGGAAGCCGGGAACGAUGCGAAGAUUGAAUGGGUACCCUGCGACAUGGGAAAUCUUGCUCAAAUUCGAGACGUCGCGUCGAAAUUCGUCAAGGACGAGGAGAGGCUGGAUCUGCUCAUUUUAUCAGCGGGUAUCAACGUCAACCAAUACGGCGAAACAUCUGACGGGAUCGACCGGCACUUUCAGGUAAACUGGCUCGGACAGUUCUACCUGGUAAACCAGCUAUAUCCCCUCCUUCGCAAGACAUCAAAAAUUCCUGAUACGCCCGCACCCCGGAUCGUCUUUGAGUCGUCAGAGCAGCACCGCAUGGCGCCGUCCAAUGUCAAGUUCGAGUCCCUUGCUGAGAUCAAUAACCCUGAGCUUGGACCGCUGGAACUGUAUGGGCGCACGAAACUUGCGAUUAUCUUAGGAGUGAAAUAUGGGCUCGUGGAGAAGGUUAUCAGGCCUAAUGGGGAUAAUAUUUAUGCUCUUUCUGUACACCCUGGAGCAGUAAACACAGCCAUGCAACAACAAUGGAAAGACGCAUACCCCGGCCUCCUCGGAAAGCUCUUAACAACGGUAAUGUUAGCAGCCGGUCGCGAUCCCGAGCAGGGGUCGUACAGUGCGCUCUAUGCGGCAACCAGUCCGGAAGUGGAGGAGAAGGGCUGGAACGGAUACUACUUGGUGGACCCCGGCAAGCCGGGCAAGGAGACGAGUCAGGCAUCUGAUCCAGAACUUGGACGCAGGCUUUGGGAUCUUAGCCACGAUAUCAUCAAGCAGAAACUUGGGCAGGAUGCGUUGGCGGACUGGGCGAGCAGCCGCUGA